GAAAUGUCAAAGUGCCACGAAAACGAUUUGCAAGAAGAAAACUCCCAAAAAUACCACAGUUUUUGAGUGGUUUUCUCGUGCAGAGGAGUAUUGGUGUGAUUGACAAUUGCCGUGCAUUUUCGAGACGAUGGCAGAGCAAGAUGUGACGAGUCUCCCGGAGCAACCACCGGCUGAGAAGAGUGAAGCCCAACAGACAGACCAUGUCGCUGAGAUUCCAGCAUCGACGGUGCGAAGUGGCCUGGUUGAGUUGGAGAAUCGUGCGACGCAGUUAAUCCAGUCUAUGGAAAACCUUAAGACGUCUCCGGAAGCCACAGGCGGCACUCCUGCGGCGCCGCAGACACCCGUGGCGGGCUUUCUGCCCCCCGAGAGACGGGAUGCGGCUGAAAUUGUUGCAGGUCUGGAAACGUUGAUCUGCACAACAGACACAGACGUAGAGCCGGAGUACUCAUUGCCACCCCUCAAUGAUGUCAGCCAAUUGGCCCUAAUUUCUCACAGUUUUGUGGCCUAUCUCAGCCAUCUACGGCGAAGUCAACUGCUGAGAGUCACUACGAAGAUCGCUUCGGACACAAACAGAUGGCUUUCCCACAUCUUUCGCUUCAGCGACAGCUCCACGAGUUACCACAACGACAGCACUGAGUGUGUGCUGAGGGCUGUGCGACUGGCCAUCGUUGCCCGAUGUCCCGGAUACCUGGAGGCGGGAAUUCAAGCUCUGGCCAACCCCUGCAUGUAUGUGACUGAGAAUAGUGGCCUCGUGGCACUGCAGUACGCUUGCCGGCAGCUGGGACUGCCGGCUGAGUGCAUUCGUGUGGUGCCCAGCACUGCCGGUAGCAUGGGCACAAUGGAUGUGGCUACUCUGCAGAGGCUCAUUGCGACGGACGUGGCCAACAAGCGUGUGCCGCUGUUUGUGAUUGCCAAUGUGGGAGCUUCGGUUUGUGGCUUCGUGGAUAAUGUUCCGAAACUCUACGAUGUCUGCCGGACGGCGAAUGUGUGGCUUCACUGCCGAGGUCACUCUCUGGCCGCUCUGGCCACGGCUCAAGGAAGCGGAGAUGUGCGUGAGCUCUGUGACUCCAUGUCUCUAAGCCUGGGUAGUUGGCUGGCCGUGCCAAGUCUUCCUGUAGUGCUGCUGCAUCGUCAAAUCCAAAAUGUGGCCUUGUCUGUGUUUGAAUCCGAUCCAAUUGUGUCCAGACGACUCAAUUCUCUCACCUUGUGGACAACUCUGCAAGCACUCGGCCGUGAUUUGAUUUCCGACAGAAUCUUGAUGGCUUUUGAAUCCGUGCGAGUGGUUUAUGAAAUCCUCUCCAAGUGUGCAGGAGUGCGAAUUUUGAGCAAGAAACCAGGAGGAGAUUCCGGAAUAUCCGUCGUGGAUCUUGUUCAUGAGCCUCUCAAUGCUUCGCUCUUAUUUGAGAUCUCCGUGAGUGUCGUGGUGUUUCAAUUCCACCAGAAAUCCCCGGAAACGGACACAGAGACCGCUGUUCAGGGUGAGCAUGUAGAGAAAUCUCGCUAUCUGGAUCGCAUGAAUGAAUGGCUGGGCGAGAUAAUCCAGCGCGAUUGUCCGGGAGUUGAUCUUGAAAUCAUUGAUCAUGCUGUGUACGGUACUGCCAUUCGCUUCUGUCCUUUCGAGAUGAGUCUCGGGGAGGCUGUGCCCACGAUUGAGUAUCUGGAGCAUUUUGCUGCCUGUCUGGACCUUCAGGUGGGCAUCUUGAAGGCCACAGAGCGCCACAAGGUGACAUUCCAGGAGAUUGUGAAGCGCAGCGAUGUGCUCAGACUCAUCUCGUUGCCGGACUGGGCGGGACUUGGCGGCGUGCGCUUCGUGCCUGAUGGCUGGGAGACUCUUCUCACGGACCAGGCAAAGACAGAAUUGAACAAGCUCAAUACUGACCUCGUGGAGGCGCUGAGGUCCACAGACAGCGCCUUUACGCUGGGUGAGGGCGAAGAUGGACUGAUUUGUGUGAAGCUGGGCAUGGUGACGGAAGAGACGGAUGUCGAGGAGUUGUUGGAGGUGGUGAUUUCCGUGGGCAAGAGUGUCCAGGAGAACUCGAGGGUGCUGGACUCCAUGUCGGAAAUUGUAAAGAAGGGCAUUGAGACUGUGACUGCGGAUUUGCAGAGGGAGUCCGAUGAGAAACUCUGGCAGGAUGGGAUUCUCAGGCAUGUGCCGAUUGUGGGAAGUGUUUUCAACUGGUGGUCACCGCCGCCUAAGGAGACUGGCAUUAAGGGGCGCAGUCUCAACUUGACCCAGGGAGUCGUGGAGAGUACAGAAAACAUCUACAAGUAUCACAUGCAAAUUGCUGGCGGUUCCAUCCCAAUUCCUGGCAAUCGCAGCCCGCCAACGCCCAUGGUGCAAACGUCAGUCAGUGCUGGACAUUCCCGGAAUGUUAGUCAGAGCAGUGGAACGUCCACGAACGUUCAAGAAGCUCAACACUAAGUGAGAGAAUCUACAAUUGGCAAUUAACUAAAGAGAAAACAUGAUGAACUUAUGCUAAACUUAGUAUUUACGGCUAUUCUUGUAGAAACUAUUAAGAGAAAUUCCUAUAUUGUUAUUUUAUCACUUUAUUUACUCUUCCCAAAUUCCUAAAUUUUCUGCUUCUUAAUUUACUAUUUCUAAAAAUGUGUUUCUUUUUAUUCUCUCCAUACGGAGAAAAAAAAAUACUAUUACCUUUAUACUUGUAAAAUUCGAUUUAAAAAAAUUGAAAGAGUUAUUCUUUGAUGAUGCCCACAAAGUAUGUAAAAAAAAACAGGUGAAAUAUUGCACAAUAUUGUGAUGAGUAUAAAUUAAAAAUGUUAGUUUUAAAUCAGAUAUGAUUUAGUUAAAUUAUAAUAAAUGUCAAAGAACUUUUAUUGCACUAUUUUUCUUUUAUUAUAUUUGUUUAAAUUUCUAAUAUAUCUAGAAAACCUUUUAUCUAUUGCCUUUUUGGUUAAGUUUUCCCUCCAUUUACGUUUCUCUUCUUUUUUUUGAUAAAUCUAUGAACUCUAGUGUAUUCUCUUUUUUAUAUCUCUUAAUAUUACAAUCAUAGUUUCUUCUCUAUUUUAUUCGUUAUUGUGGCAUUACAAAAAACCAGUGAAAAAGUAUAAAAUUGAUUUAGGUAAAAAAGUAUAAAUAAUAAGAAAGAGAUCAAUAAUAAAAGUGGAGUGUGUUUUAUAUUAGUAGACAAAAAAAUGAGCGAGUCUUAUUCAGUUUCAUGCGUAUUUUCUUUAUAGUCAAAAUGAGAUUCACGUCCUCACUUACUUUGCGAGUUAUCUCUUUUUUAAUUUACUGAUUAAUGAAUUUGAUUAGUUAAUGAGAAUUGUCUCCUCAACAUCAAAGUCCUCUAUAGCAUUUUCUCAUAAAGUCACCCUCCUUUGCUCACAUUGAUAAUAUCAAUAUUUUUGGGGAUUAUAUUUUGGGGUUCAAAGAGGAACUCCUUGCCAACAUUUUCUUCUUAAUUCUUAUACUUGAAUAUAAAUAUACAUUAGACAUUUAACUUCUUUUUUUCUUUUGCUUUUCAAGUACUUUUCCAUCCACCUUUCUAUCAAGGUAUAAACUAAUUUUCAUUACAAUAGUAUUUCUCUCUGUCUCCCAUACAUAUAUUCCGUCUUUCUAUACAUUAAAAUGUGUAUAUAAAGGAUUGAGAUCAAAAAUUGUGACUAGAAAAUUGAGUGUUUUCAUUUUUAAUCAAUUUCUUUUCUUUAAUAUUGUGUAUAUAUUCUUUGGUUCUUUUCAUAUUUCUCGCUAUUUUUAUUUAUUGGCAUUGUUAGUUAUCAACUCUAUUGCAUUCUAUGAGUAUUUUCCACUUAUUGUUUGUUUCAUUCUCAUAAAAAAGACGCUCGUGUGUAGAAAAUCACUAUAAAAAUUCCUUUGAAAUACGCUUCUUCAUAUCAACUAUUUUAUAUCAUUAUCAUCAUCUUUGAUAAAAUCAGCUCUCACUAAUAGAGGAUCGUUUAAGAUUAUUACACAUCUUCUUAUGUCAAAUGGAUAUUACAGAGAUCGAACUAUAAUUUCUACACUAUCUCAAAUUUUCCUCUUCUUCUGUAAAUAUUCAACCAACAAUUAAAGUUUAUUUGAAUCAUCUAAAAAAAAAGUCGCAGCGACUGACGAAAAUCAUACUCUUUCUCCACUGUUUCAUCACUUUUUCCAACAUCGUAAAUUUAGAUCUAAAGUCGUUGUAUUUCAUCUGAUGUUUGAGUGAUUCUAACAAAAAUUAUUCUAUUGUGUGUAUUUUUUUUUUUUAGAAAAGAUUUGGCACUAUAAUUCCCGAUAUUAAACUAUUCUUUCUUAUUGAGCUUGAGUUUAACUCCAAUUUGGCGAAUAUUUAUUAUGUCUUAUGAACAGUUGAAACAAAGAGUGUGAUAGUCUUCAAGAACACUUGCAUAUUAUUAUUAUAAAUUUCUGGAAAAAAAUUCAACAGCAAUUUCUCUGUUGCUCCCUCACUGACAAAAACACAACAAAAUCCUCCCGCACACAGUUCAUCAGGUCCAACAUUUCAAACCUUCACUGACUGCGGAAGUCACAUUUCUUUUCCUAUUUUUUUUUCAUCCUUAGUAACUUCGACUCACCCUCGAUAUCUGGGCUUUUCCAUCAUAUUACAAAAGAGUGACAAUGAUUGCACAAUGAAAGAUAGUACUUACAGCGAUUGAGAAUGAAGAAGAAAUGGGGAAGAGGCCUGCAGCGACCCU